AUAUCUCCUAAUUGUAAAAAUAGGGAAAAUACAGAAAAAUAUUUUUUUAAAUUGCAUACCACAAUUUUGGAAAUUCUAGUAGUAUUACCUAGGCAGGAGUAUGUUAAAGUUUACUUUUCUGUCUAUUAUGUGGUAAUAGUUGGGAUUAUAUGUAGCACAUGUAAAUAAUUCAGGAAUGAAGCCCCUCUUGUGCUGUGUCCUAUAUCCAGCCUUAUGUUCUGCAUUUUUCACUUAGGAAGUUUUCUCCUAAUUAACAGUUUUACCCUCUGUUUUAGUGGUGGCAUGAUAUUCCAUUUUAUGGAUUUACCUACUUUACUAUUCAUAUUCUUGUCACUGAUGCUGGUUUUCCAUUUUACUGUGGUAAUAAUACACACCUUGCUCUACUCCUCUUUCUGAUGAUUCCUAUAGGAAGGGAUUUCAGUUGCUCAGUUUAAGGCUUUUUGGUACAUUGCCAGAUGCUUUCCAGAAAUGUUACGUCACUUAAUGUUCCCGCCUGUGGGGUAUGAGUGUGUCCCCUCCUUCUGGGCAGGGUAGGUUCUGGCUCCCCAUUCUUGGGGUGCACACAUUCGCUCUGCUCUGGGCAGCCUGGGUGUCUCCACACCCCUGCAUGGAGGGCAGCACGCUGUUCGUUCAGGGCCUGGGGGCCAGUCCUCGUCCCUCUUAGAACUGGCUUCUUCUCCCUAUUUGCUUUGUAGUCUUCAUUCACUAAUAGCAUCAUCUGUCUGAGUGCCGAGGAGUUUUCUCAGCAUACUUUUUCUUUUUCUUUUAAGCACAGAAAUGGCUCUGUUAAAAUUAGCAGCAGCUGGGGUUGCUUCUGGCUGCAUGAUCCCACAUGACAGUAACUUAGAUGAGGGAGCCGGUCUGUCCUGGUGCCACCGUGCCCUUGCCACCUUUACCUUGCUCACCGAGGUGCCCCGGCUGGCACAGCCUCUCCUCCAAGUCACCGCAGUGGUUGUUACGCAGGAAGUGAGGUUGUAACAACACUGCAGAGGACGGAGGGUCAUGCUGCUGGUAGGAGGGGCUCCUCUUGAGUUCUGAUAAACUAUCCUCAUUUUCUUGCAGUUUCCAUUCCGAUUCAGCAGACGCCCCAGCUCCAUUCUCUCAGGUGCUAGAGCUGUCUUCCCUCCCUGCUGGCCUGAAGCCAGCCCAGGUGGCUGUGGAGGCCCCACUGCUCCAACCUGCCCUUCUGUGUUUCCACAGACCUGCUCUCUCUCCUUUGGGUUGGACUCAGAGUGUUAUAUCCAAGUUUUGGGGACAAAAGUUUUCUUCAAGUAUUUGGCCCUUAUUUGAAGUUACGCAGACACGGACCGAACCCCAGCUCUCUCACACGUCUGUUUUAAGACCUUGGGAAAGGGGCCUGACUUUCUCCUGCUGGCCCGUGGAAGGGAACAGCCAUGCCCCUCCCUGGGCUGGGGGAGGCCGCCCGGGGUGGCCUGUCGCAAGUACGCAGAGGAAUCUGUGAACACGUGCCACUUCCCUCGGUGGCUCGGCCUCUUGGAUGAGGCCGAAGUGGGGGUACCUGGCAUGUCGCAGUUCUCCUCUGCACGCCUCCCUCUCCCUGCCCCUCUCACCCCUGCCGCAGGCAGGUGCCCCUCCUCAGAGAAGCCCCGUCUGUUCCAUGGAGCCCAUCAACUAUCAGUGCUCUCCCUUCUUGCCUUGUCAUGGGACACUAUCAGUGAGGCUUUCUGCACACCCAUUUGCAAACAGUUUCCUGUUCCUUAUUUUAGCUAUUUUUGUAAAAGUAGCUAGUGGUGCGGCAACCAUGUCUUCACUGGUCCUUCCUUCCUCAGCCUCCCCCUCCCCGCCCCCCAUUCCCCAGCAUGAGCAGGUCUUUCUUGUUUCUGUGUCCUUGGGCGACCCGUUACUUCUCCCAUCUCGUGUUCGUGUCUUCAGCCAGCACGACCAGGCUCUAGACCAAGAUAGAACAGCCUUACAGAAAGUGAAGAAGUCUGUCAAAGCAAUAUAUAAUUCCGGUCAAGAUCACGUACAAAAUGAAGAAAACUAUGCACAAGUUCUUGACAAGUUCGGAAGUAAUUUUUUAAGUCGCGACAACCCAGACCUUGGCACUGCUUUCGUCAAGUUUUCUACUCUUACAAAGGAACUGUCCACACUGCUGAAAAAUCUGCUCCAGGGUCUGAGCCACAAUGUGAUCUUCACCUUGGACUCCUUGUUGAAAGGAGACCUGAAGGGAGUCAAAGGAGAUCUCAAGAAGCCGUUUGACAAAGCUUGGAAAGACUAUGAGACAAAGUUUACAAAAAUUGAGAAGGAGAAGAGAGAGCACGCAAAACAGCAUGGAAUGAUCCGCACGGAGAUCACGGGAGCCGAGAUCGCAGAAGAAAUGGAGAAGGAGAGACGCCUCUUCCAGCUCCAAAUGUGCGAAUAUCUCAUUAAAGUUAAUGAAAUCAAGACCAAAAAGGGUGUGGACCUGCUGCAGAAUCUUAUAAAGUAUUACCACGCUCAGUGCAAUUUCUUUCAAGAUGGCUUGAAAACGGCUGAUAAAUUGAAACAGUACAUUGAAAAACUGGCUGCUGAUUUAUAUAAUAUAAAACAGACCCAGGAUGAAGAAAAGAAACAGCUAACUGCACUCCGAGACUUAAUAAAAUCCUCUCUUCAACUUGAUCAGAAAGAAGAUUCCCAGAGCCGGCAAGGAGGGUACAGCAUGCAUCAGCUCCAGGGCAACAAGGAAUAUGGCAGCGAGAAGAAGGGCUACCUGCUGAAGAAAAGCGACGGGCUCCGGAAAGUGUGGCAGAGGAGGAAGUGUGCAGUCAAGAACGGGAUCCUGACCAUCUCACACGCCACGUCUAACAGGCAACCCGCUAAGCUGAACCUCCUCACCUGCCAAGUGAAACCAAAUGCCGAGGACAAGAAGUCUUUUGACCUGAUAUCACAUAAUAGGACGUAUCACUUUCAGGCAGAGGAUGAGCAGGAUUAUGUAGCAUGGAUCUCCGUAUUGACAAAUAGCAAAGAAGAGGCCCUGACCAUGGCCUUCCGUGGAGAGCAGAGCACGGGAGAGAACAGCCUGGAAGACCUGACAAAAGCCAUCAUUGAGGACGUCCAGCGGCUCCCCGGGAAUGACGUCUGCUGCGACUGUGGCUCGUCAGAACCCACCUGGCUUUCAACAAACUUGGGCAUUUUGACCUGUAUAGAAUGUUCCGGCAUCCAUAGGGAAAUGGGGGUUCAUAUUUCCCGCAUUCAGUCUUUGGAACUAGACAAAUUAGGAACUUCUGAACUCUUGCUGGCCAAGAAUGUAGGAAACAAUAGUUUUAAUGAUAUUAUGGAAGCAAAUUUACCCAGCCCCUCACCAAAACCCACCCCUUCAAGUGAUAUGACUGUACGGAAAGAAUAUAUCACUGCAAAGUAUGUAGAUCAUAGGUUUUCAAGGAAGGCCUGUUCGUCUUCAUCAGCUAAACUGAAUGAAUUGCUCGAGGCCAUCAAAUCUCGGGAUUUACUUGCACUAAUUCAAGUCUAUGCAGAGGGGGUAGAGCUAAUGGAACCACUGCUGGAACACGGACAGGAGCUUGGGGAGACAGCCCUACAUCUUGCAGUCCGAACUGCAGACCAGACCUCUCUCCAUUUGGUUGACUUCCUUGUGCAAAACUGUGGGAACCUGGAUAAGCAGACAGCCCUGGGCAACACGGCUCUACACUACUGCAGUAUGUAUGGUAAACCCGAGUGUUUGAAGCUUCUUCUGAGGAGCAAGCCCACCGUGAGUGUCGUGAACCAGGCUGGGGAGACUGCCCUGGACAUAGCAAAGAGGUUGAAAGCCACCCAGUGUGAAGAUCUGCUGUCCCAGGCUAAAUCUGGGAAGUUCAACCCACACGUCCACGUGGAAUAUGAGUGGAACCUGCGUCAGGAGGAGAUGGAUGAGAGUGACGACGACCUGGAUGACAAACCGAGCCCCAUCAAGAAAGAGCGCUCGCCGAGGCCUCAGAGCUUCUGCCACUCCUCCAGCAUCUCCCCCCAGGACAAGCUGUCACUGCCGGGGUUCAGCACCCCGAGGGACAAGCAGCGGCUCUCCUACAGCGCCUUCACCAACCAGAUCUUCCCCUCUGCAAGCACAGACUCGCCCACGUCACCAACCACAGAGGCACCCCCGCUGCCUCCGCGAAACGCCGGGAAAGGUCCAACUGGCCCUCCUUCAACACUCCCUCUAAGCACCCAGACCUCUAGUGGCAGCUCCACCCUGUCCAAGAAGAGGCCUCCUCCCCCACCACCCGGACACAAGAGAACCCUAUCCGACCCUCCCAGCCCACUACCUCACGGGCCCCCAAACAAAGGCGCAGUUCCUUGGGGGAACGAUGUGGGUCCAUCAUCGUCAAGUAAGACUGCAAAUAAGUUUGAGGGACUAUCUCAGCAAUCGAGCACCGGCUCUGCAAAGACUGCCCUUGGCCCAAGAGUUCUUCCUAAACUACCUCAGAAAGUGGCACUAAGGAAAACAGAAACCAGCCAUCACCUCUCCCUGGACAAAGCCAACAUCCCGCCCGAGAUCUUUCAGAAGUCCUCACAGUUGGCAGACUUACCACAGAAGCCACCACCCGGAGACCUACCCCCGAAGCCCACAGAACUGGGUCCCAAACCCCAAAUGGGAGAUUUGCCUCCUAAGCCGGGAGACCUGCCCCCCAAGCCCCAGCUGGGAGACCUGCCCCCCAAGCCCCAGCUGGCAGACUUACCCCCCAAGCCACAGAUGAAGGACCUCCCUCCCAAACCGCAGCUGGGAGACCUGCUGGCGAAGUCCCAGGCUGGGGACGUGUCGCCCAAGGCCCAGCAGCCCCCAGACGUCACCCAGAAGUCACACACGGUGGAUCUCUCCCCGAACGUGCAGUCCCGAGACACCAUCCAAAAGCAAGCAUCCGAAGACUCCAACGACCUCACGCCCACUCUGCCAGAGACGCCCGUCCCGCUGCCCAGGAAAAUCAAUACGGGCAAAAACAAGGUGAGGCGAGUGAAGACCAUCUACGACUGCCAGGCGGACAAUGACGAUGAGCUCACCUUCAUGGAGGGGGAAGUGAUUGUGGUCACGGGGGAGGAAGACCAGGAGUGGUGGAUCGGGCAUAUCGAAGGACAGCCUGAAAGGAAGGGGGUCUUUCCAGUGUCCUUUGUUCACAUCCUGUCUGACUAGCAAAGAGCAGGACCUUGAGAUUGUCCACAUCUUCACGCAAGACUGCCGCCUCCACGUACUCCCGUGCACACGUGUAUAUAGCUGCUGUUACAGAACGAGGGACUCACUCCAGGGCCGCCUCAGGAGGGGAACGCAGUGUGUGUUGUAAAUAGUCUGUGGUCUUCCGCCUUCGCCAGUAUUAGGGUAGCCCUGGGACCCGGCGCGCCUUACUGGUUUGCCAAAGCCAUCCCUGGCGUCUAGCACUUAACAUCUCUAUGCUGUUUUCCAAGCAGACAGACAGAAGCUGCUGGCUUCGCAAGGAGAAGUGGUCUCCAGCAGCCGUUGAAAGGCGUAGAAUUGACUCGUGUUCCUAACAAAACAGUAUUCUCCAUUGUGUUACUGAAAACGCAACAUUAGCAGAGAGGUGGGUUCUGUUCUCCAGGUGAAAUUAGCUCCGUGACAGAACGGCCUGUAGCGGUCUGUGUACACGGUUCACAGCCACAAAAACCUACUUUGGUAUUUAUUACAGAGAAGUGCUCGGUUAAACGUAAGUGUUGCUCCUUCAGCAAAAUAAAAUACCGGCCCAAACCCUUUGGUGGCAGUUGACCGUCCCCACCGCCUCGGGCAGGCUAGGCGCGGUCGGUUUAUCCUGUCUUACGGUGACGAGUGCCCGCCCCUGAGAUAUUACCUCAUUAUGCAGAAAUAACAUAUCCUUCACGACUAUUUUGACAAAAGCUUAAAACACAUCUGGUGAAGUUCAACUUUCAGGAACCGAGGACCGCCAGGAAACAUUAGCCUCUACAUUAUGCAUGCAUUUAGAAGCUUACCUGAAAUCUGCCUUUUAUAAAGGAACAGUACGGACAAGUUGAACUGUACAUUUUUUAAACUUGAUCGCCAUUAAAGCAGAAAUUACAAGGUUGCGACAAUACCCGUUUCUAGUCAGUCAUUUGGCCUUCUCAGAGCGUGAAGCUGCGUAUCCCGUUAUGAAUUAGCAUCCUCCCGAUGUGUUAAAGCACCUGAUACACCAGUUUAAAUUCAUUAUUUUGUCAGUUUUGUCCUUGAUCAAUUUAAACCUGUAAAAGAGGAUUCAAGAAGAAUUUAACAGUCAGCCCUUCACACGGCUUCCCCCCGACCCCCCCCCCCAUAGGAUCCGGGUGCUGAAGCCAGCCUCCUGUUCCUCCGUGCUUUUGAUGACACCCGAGGCGUAGGUGAGGCUUCCAGCCUUAAGCUGACUUCAGUAAACCCGUUCCCUUCAAGGCAGGUCGCGGCCAAGUGCUCGAACGCCGCCGUGAACCGGCGCUCUUCCCGCAGCGAGUCUCCCUCCGUGUUCUCUCCGUCCCAGUCGCGGCCAUCAGGCCGCUGAGGGCGCCCUGCGCGCUCGGUCUUGUCCGUCGGUCUGGGUUCUGAAAAGAGCACGUUCUUUUCAGCGUUCCCCAGUCGGCGGGGCCGCCCUCCGGAUUCCGAGGCCCGUGUGUCCUUGUGGCAUCGCGUUUGCUUAAACCGCUUUGUUGGCAACAGCAUAGAAAGCUGGUGUUUUUAAGCAGGGAACCUCGGCAGCGCGUGGCUUAGAAACGCUCGGUUCACAGACGCGCGCUCCCUCCCGCGCCCAUGGGAAAAGCCCCCUGGACCACAGCGCUCAGGGAGUGGUAGGGAGCCCGGCUCUGCUGAAGGGAUCGCCGCGAAAACUCCGAACACCCACCUCACAAAGAAACCUUGCGUGAACGCACCUGCACCGCGACUUCCCAGCUGUUCCUGGAAAGUGGUUUUGAGCAGUCGCUGGCCCGGCGGCCCCCGCGAGCCGCGCACAGCCCGCCUGCGUCAGGAGCCAGGCGGCUCACGGGGCCGUCGGCCCAGGAAGGCGCCGUCCCGAGUCACGGAGCGUCCUGGUUCAUUCAAGUACGCGUUCCGAGUUGCACUGAAGAACCGUUCGUCUUCAUGGCCUACGGUAUUUUCAGCCGAUCUCAAAAUAAACUGGUUUUCUAAAAAACUCAAAACCUAGAUGUCUAAAAUUACACGGAGUCCUUGUCUGUUCUUUCUCCUCCUUCCACAGAUGCAGUUGUUCCUUUGGGUUUUUUUCCGAUACCUUCUGUGUUUUUCUUUCUGGUUUUUUGUUUUCCGUGAGGAAUUUGCGUUCUGUCUAAUCCAGCUUACCGCGAGACAUAGGAAAGCUAGGGACAAGUACCUUUGGUGAUCUUGGUCGAGUUUGAAUCUUUGUUCUGAAACUCAGCGAGCCACUAUCUGCAAUUUUGUACAUGAUAUAGUAUUUUGAAGGUAUGGAAACUUAUGGGGAAAAAAAAUAGUUAAUUAGUUCUUUUUUCCCCCAGGGGGGAAAGUUACGUUCUGCAAAUAGCCUGUGUCUUAUUUUACUGUUGAACAGCAAUUGCUAUUUAUUUUUUUAUUGCCUAGAACUUCUACACGUUGUAUAGGAACCCCGUAGUGCCGCUAGAUAAAUUCCAAACUCUCGUCUGGGUGUUACCACGAGGCAUCAGUACACUUGUCAUUUCACACGGAGUUAAUGUGACCGUUUUUCAGUACUGUAUGUGUUAAUUUCUACUUUUUUUAAUAUUUAAAAUUGCUUUUAAAUAAACAUAUUCUCAGUUGAUCCCAAA